AAUGACAAUUCAUGGCCCCAAACAAUUUUCUCCAACUAAUUUGGAAAAUCUACUGGAUUUUCCACGAUUUUCUAGGAAUCGUUCACUCAGUUGAAUCGACUAUUCACGUUUUAUUGUCGAAUGGAUCGUGAGAGUGUCCUGAAGUGUCCUGUAUGGUCUUGAGGAGUGAAUGGCAGAUCAACUCUUUAUGCAAACUGCAACACAUGGGAGAGUGCAGACAUAUGCGACGAGCGCCCCCGAAUAAAAAAUCAUUUUUCUUUUUACUUUUCCUGGAAUUUCGAUCGGUAAAGUAGAAACAGUGAUCGCACGUGUGUGGGGAGAUGAGGGCUUUGAUGGGUCAUGAGGGCGAUUAUCUCUUAUCAGUGAAUGAUUUUUUAUGAAUUUGGCGGACGAGGGGAGAGGAAUUACUGGAAAAUUGGGGAGUGUAUGGUUGGGAAGUUUGUGGGAUUUUCCGGGUUCUUGAGGAGUUGGGGAUAACCUCGAAAUGUACAAGGGGAAUGAGGGCACCGGCGGGGGCUCGAACAGCCCCAGGAACGUGUUUUGGUCGUCGAUGAUCUCUGGUGCAUCUGCUGGGGUAGUUUGUGAUGUUGUGUUCUUCCCCAUGGACACUGUCAAGACGAGGCUGCAGAGUCAACAUGGGUUUCAGAAGUCUGGGGGGUUCAAGAACCUUUACAAGGGGCUGGGACCUGUCGUCGCUGGAUCUGCACCCAUAGCUUCUAUGUUCUUCGUUACUUAUGAGGGUUUCAAGGUGCUAGUUCAACCGAUGGUCGACGUCAAGUAUCACAGUUUUGUCCACAUGGGAGCUGCCUCGUGUGCUGAAAUCGUCUCCUGCCUUGUUAAAGUACCUGUGGAGGUCCUAAAGCAGAGGAGGCAGGCUCUCCUGGCUAAUGCCCAUCCUAUCGCCCUCGGGGUCAGAACUCUUUACCGAGGAUAUGGAAGUACCUUACUCAGGGAUUUGCCCUUUGGCUUUCUCCAGAUGCCUCUCUGGGAGUACCUGAAGCUGUGGUGGAAGAGGAAAAAGGGCAGGGAGUGCACUCCCUUCGAAGGAGCGACUGCUGGCGCUUUAUCUGUGACAGUUUCGGCUGCAGUUACAACUCCCCUCGACGUAAUUAAAACGAGAAUAAUGCUGGCACAUCAGUCACAGAAAAAAGUGAAAAUUAUCUCGACUAUGAAACAAGUUUACAAGGAAAAAGGAAUAAAAGGAUUAUUCACUGGUUGCACAUUGAGAGCAGUUGGUUUCACAGUUGGAGGAUUCGUCUUCUUCGGAAUUUACGAGCAAUCGAGAUAUUUAUGUGCAACGUUAAUUUUUCCGGAGACUUCUGUGAUUAAUUAAUUUAUCAAUUAAAAAAAAUAUCUCCACGACUUUAAUUCACUCAAGAAGUCAUGGAAAUUUAAUUUAUCCCUUAGACGCAAUUUCAAAGCAUAAAAAAAGCAUUUAAAGAUAUAAAAUUGUCCUGACACCAGUGAUUUUCGAGUUGAAAACUCGAAAUUAGUUUUUUCUAAUGCAAGAUGACAAACUAAUGAAUUCCAAAAAUUCAUCUGUUGUAAGAUGAGAAAAAUAAUAAUCUUGAGGAUUAUUUUAUAAAAUCUUUAUUGAUAUUUAAAUUUCUAUUUGUAAAUAACAUUUCCAAUAAAUCUAUCCUGCGUAAUAAAAAUAUUAUCUCUCAUUGUC